AUGGUUGAUUCGCAUGAUCCCGAGUCGGCAGAAUCCUGCAGCUUAACGGAAGACGACGUAGAACCCAAGCUAAAGUACGUACGUUUGUCGAAUGACAUAAAAAAUAUUCUCAGCGAGGAAGCGAUCAGCUGCAUUGCGGUGCAUCCUAGGUUCCUCUGCCUAGGCACACACUGGGGUCGGAUACACAUGCUCGAUCACCAGGGCAAUUGCGUGCAAACGGUUAUAAAUGCGAAAGAAAAUGCGCACAUUCUCUCGGUUAACAAAAUAUCUGUAGAUAGCAGAGGGGAACAGAUCGCAACCUGUUCCGACGACGGCAAGGUGAUAAUUAGUGGACUCUAUACGGACGAGAACAAUCAGACGCUCAGCACGGGAAAGAUAAUUAAAGCUGUUGAGCUGGAUCCAAAUUACCACCGUUCGGGCUCGGGACGAAGAUUCAUAAUAGGAGAUAAUAAAUUGGUGCUCUACGAAAAGACCUUUCUGAAAGGAUUAAAAUCGACCAUCCUUAGCGAUUCCGAGGGCCAGGUUACUGCCAUCAAGUGGAACGGACAGUUCGUAGCCUGGGCAAGCUCGCUUGGAAUUCACGUGUACGAUCUGCAUGAAAAGUGCUCACUAGGAUUUAUUCAAUGGGAAGAACCGAAAGAGGGAAAGCUUAGCGACUACCGUUGCAAUUUAAACUGGGCCAACUCUACGACCUUGCUCAUCGGUUGGGUAGACACCGUACGAAUAUGUGUGAUACGAAAGCGAAACGCUAUCGAAGUGUCCACAAGAAAUCUUCCUGUUCACAUAGUCGAUCCAAUGUCUACAUUCCAGACUGACUUCUACAUCUGCGGUUUAGCACCACUCGAGACGAACCAGCUGAUUGUGCUCGGAUACUCGAAAGAACGUGACUCCGAGACGAACAAAGCCCUGCGACCAAUCCUGUGCGUGUUGCAGUACAAUGCUAGUGAUUACAUCGAGAUAUGCACCGACAGUUUAUCGAUGCGAGGCUACGAGGAGUACAAGUGCGAUGAUUAUCAUCUGGAUUGUCUAAUUGACGAAAAUCAGUAUUUUAUCGUUUCACCAAAGGACGUGGUGGUUGCUAAUCUCUACGAAACGGACGAUCGCGUGCAGUGGCUCAUUGAGCAUGGAAAAUUCGAACAAGCGAUGGAGGUGAUAGCCCAACACGGUGGAAAAUACUCACUAAUAACAGUUGCACGGCUGUAUCUAGAUCAUUUGCUCUCAAUGCAGCAGUUUGACGAAGCGGCACGGUUAUGCCAGCGCGUGUUCGGCACUGACAGACAACUCUGGGAAGAGGAAGUUUACAAAUUCGUAAAGGUGAAGCAACUCCGAUCAGUAAGCAGCUAUAUACCGAUUUCGGAUUCAUGUAAAUUAAACCCACACGUGUACGAGAUGGUUCUGUACGAGUAUCUACAGCUCGAUCCGAACGGGUUUUUGCGAUUGGUAAAAGAGUGGCCACCACGCCUCUACAACACCAAGGCCGUAAUCAAUGCUGUCAACGACCAUUUCAACAAGAAAGAUGCCAACAUUCUGUUGGAGGCACUAGCGAUAUUGUACACACACGAGAAGGAAUUUGACCGCGCCCUAACGAUGUAUUUAAAAUUGCAGCACAAAGACGUGUUCGAACUGAUCACAACCUACAGCCUGUAUGCCAUGGUGAAGGAUUGCAUUGUACAGUUGAUCGAGCUAGAUAGUGAUCGCGCGAUUACCAUGCUACUGAAGGAUAAAAUCCCCGCCGAAGAUGUGGUUCGGGAAUUGGAACAGUGCGAACACUACCUCUAUCGCUAUCUAGAUGCGUAUGAUAAGGUGCAUAGCAGCGAGAAGUUUCACUGGCGGCUCGUGAAUUUGUAUGCACGUUACGAACCGGAAAAGCUGCUCUCUUUUCUUAAGCGCUCGAACAGCUAUCCCAUUCAGGAGGCGUACGAUAUUUGCAAGCAGCUGCAGUUCUUUCCGGAGAUGGUCUAUUUGCUCGACAAGAUGGGUAGUACGCGGGAGGCGCUCGCCAUCAUAAUGCACAAUCUACGGAACGUGCAGAUGGCAAUCGAUUUCUGCAAGGAACACGACGAUAUGGACCUUUGGAACGAUCUGAUUAAUGAAUCCGUCGACAAACCGCAGGUGAUGACGAAGCUGCUGGACAGCAUUGCGGGGUUCAUAAACCCGGAGCUGCUCGUAGACAAAAUUAAGCCCGGCCAAGAGAUCGAGGGUCUAAAGAAAUCGGUCAUUAAAAUGCUUUGCGGGUACAGCCUGCAAGUGUCGAUACAGGAGGGAUGCAAUCAGAUACUAGGUGCCGAUUACUUUGCCAUGCACGAGCGCCUAGUGCGAGUGCAGCAAGGCGCGUUGAACGUCUCAACGGACCAUAUAUGUGGUGUAUGUCGACGAGAUAUCAUCGUGAAGGACAACAUGAAAACGGACAUUGUAAUGUUUAACUGCCGACACUACUUUCACGAGCCGUGUCUGCUAGACAAGUACAAUCUGGACAUUUGCAUAGUUUGUAACUCGAAAAAAUGUGGAACCACGGGAACUUUCUAGGACUUUUAGCUGGGCAACGCAGCGGAGGCUGUUACAUAAGCAUUCACUUCAUAUUUGUACUCGAAUUGUAUAUUCAAUUACGCUGAUUUUCACUUGCUGACACCUUUUUUUGUGAAUUUUAUUGUGUUUUGAACCAAAAAGGGAAAGUUAUUCUAGCCAUGAUGAUUUGUAUAGGACAAUUACAGUUUUAUUAUAAUAUAAAUUAAAAGCAGCAUAUUGGUUUGAGCGGUUUGG